GCUUGUGCUCGACCGUUGAUAUCCGUCUACUCCGAGAAGGGGGAAGCAUCAGGCAAGAAUGUCACCCUGCCUGCUGUGUUCAAGGCUCCCAUUCGCCCUGACGUGGUGAACUUCGUUCACACCAACCUGCGCAAGAACAACAGGCAGCCCUACGCCGUCAGUGAGCUCGCAGGCCACCAGACCAGUGCCGAAUCGUGGGGCACUGGGAGAGCUGUUGCUCGUAUCCCUCGAGUACGAGGUGGUGGAACGCACCGCUCCGGCCAGGGUGCCUUUGGAAACAUGUGUCGCGGGGGCCGCAUGUUUGCCCCAACCAAGACCUGGCGGCGCUGGCACCGCAGAGUGAACACGACCCAGAAGCGUUACGCCAUCUGUUCCGCCCUGGCCGCCUCUGCCCUUCCGGCACUGGUCAUGUCGAAAGGCCACCGCAUCGAGGAGAUUCCAGAAAUUCCUCUGGUUGUUGAGGACAAAGUUGAGAGUUACAAGAAAACCAAGGAAGCCGUUCUCCUUCUGAAGAAGCUUAAAGCUUGGAAUGACAUCAAAAAGGUUUAUGCUUCCCAGCGUAUGCGGGCUGGGAAGGGUAAAAUGAGGAAUCGCCGUCGCAUCCAGCGCAGGGGACCCUGCAUCAUCUACAACGAGGACAAUGGUAUCAUCAGAGCUUUCCGGAAUAUCCCAGGAAUUACUCUUCUCAACGUGAGCAAGCUGAACCUGCUGCGACUGGCUCCCGGCGGCCACGUUGGGCGCUUCUGCAUUUGGACGGAGAGCGCCUUCCGCAAGCUGGACGAUCUGUACGGCACCUGGCGCAAGGCCGCCACGCUCAAGAGUGACUACAACCUGCCCAUGCACAAGAUGACCAAUACAGACAUCGGGAGAAUCAUGAGGAGCCAGGAGAUCCAGAAGGCGCUGCGCGCUCCCAAGAAGAAGAUCCGCCGCCGAGUGCUGAAGAAGAACCCGCUGAAGAACCUGCGGAUCAUGAUCAAGUUGAACCCGUACGCCAAAACGAUGCGCCGCAACACCAUCCUGCGCCACGCGCACAACCAUAAACUUAAGGAGGAGAAGAAAGCCAAGGCCAAGGCCAAGCUGGCGGCCGCGGUCCCGGCGGAGCCCAGAGCAGAGACCACAACCAAGGCUGCCAAGGUGGCCACCAAGGCCAAGGUCAAGGCUGAAGCAUAA